AUGACUCGUCAUUGCGCGAUGUAUUUUCUUCACUCACUGGUAGCCAUUUCUGUCCACACCGAAAAAAAUAAACCAAGCAUCAGUUACCUUAUCAAAAUCAGUUGGAUUCAAUGUCACUUUGUUCUCCAUCAUCAUUGUAUUUAUCCAACUGAAAAGAGAUACGGUCACUCCAUGUGUAUCCGGCGCUUGCGUGGCAUGCCACGUCUGCAUGGGGCCACUGUCAGCGGCCGAAGACGCUCUGGAGCAACCAGCGCGUGGUAA